AAGACGAUUCCUGGGUUUGUCUAAAGUUUUGAGCUUUUUCUCUGUGGAGACUUCGAUUACCUACAGAUAUCAGAUUCCUCGAUUCAAAAUCAAACUUUGUUCUUGUGGGUCUCUUCUCCUAUUGCUGAAGAAGAAGAUUCGUGGGUUAGUUUAAAGUCUUAAGCUUUUUUUUUUGUGGGUGUGUAAGCAAAAUCAAAUGGAGUGGGAUAGUGAUUCCGAUCUCAGCGGGGGAGAUGAAGUGGCGGAGGAUGGAUGGUUCGGCGGAGAUAACAGAGCGAUUCCGUUUCCGGUAGGUAGUCUUCCUGGAACGGCGCCGUGUGGUUUUGUGGUCAGCGAUGCUCUUGAACCUGAUAACCCUAUCAUUUAUGUUAACACUGUUUUUGAGAUUGUUACUGGUUAUCGAGCUGAGGAAGUUAUUGGUCGACAUUGGUGAGUUUUCUCUUCUUGACUUUUACCUUAAAUUUGUUGUGAUGAUUUUGUUACUGUAGCGAGUCUUUGUCCGUUUUGUGGUAUUGGUACGAUGUAACUAAGAGAGCUUGUUGAGAGCUAUUUUGACAGAAAGCUUAUGGUUCUUGUUGAUUAUAUUGGCAUAUUGUUAGGUAUUC